GCCAGCAUCGUUUUGGCCCCACUCCUGCGUGCUGCUGUGGUAGUUGGGAAGUUGGCCGCUGCUCUUCCAUCGCCGGGCCCGGGGAAGAAAAUCUUCACUCAGGAUGAGAUCGCUGAGCUCAUGCAGAAGUUCAUGAAGGCCUCUCCAUCUGAACUUGUUCGCCUGGACAUCAUGCUGUCAUCCCCGUUUCUUGCAUUGGUUCGUGACAAUCUCGACUCCAAACGCUUCAACUGGAUUCCCUGGCGACUGUGCUCUUCUGCAUUUGACGAGGAGAGGUUUCUGGAACAGCGUCGUCCGCGGACGGAUACCAUACUUCUCACACGCCUUCUGCAAGAAGGUCCACCUGAGGAUGGAUGCACAGCCUCUGUACCUCAGUACGCCAUUGCUCUGCAUUAUGCUGCUCACCUACUGCAUCUCAGGAAGGCUGCUGAGAAGUUUCUCAGCAUUGCUUUGGCCAUUCCCUCUGAUCGCAGUAUACGACCUCCAUCACUGCAGGAGAUUGCUGAUGCAGACAGGGCACUGUGGGUCGGAGGCGCUUCCAUUCAGUCCGACCAAGGAUGGUUGCUGACUGACGCCCUCGCCGAUAUGAUUUUCGCGCGCCCAAAAGUGUACACUGCAUUGGCACUCGUGCAGGAAGCCCCGGACUUGGAUGACCAGCUCGAGUCUGGCCAAUCUGUGGCGGCCGGUCUAUUUCUUCCGAUUCAAGCCGAGUGUCCGCAAACUGCGUGCAUUCUCCCCGGCAUCAGGCGACACCUCAUGCUGACACUGAUCAGCCCCAGUCAACUGCACGUCUGGCUUUGCUUCCUGUCGCCUCAGGGAUUGCGUGUGGUGCUUGCAGCCUACACUCUCGAAGCUGCACUGCAUUUGGAGGCCUACCCUUCGCUCCGAUCCGACCUCUCUGCAUUAGCCUUUCCUCUGCCGCCAGCGGCUCUUCCUGGACUUGUUUGCAGGGGCUCGCACGCCUGUCACGUCUUGCUUGCAAUCAACUGCGACUGUUUCCCGCCUGUGGAUCUCAUCACCGAUGCAUCUCGCGCAUCCUCGAUGAUGACUUCUUUGCAUUGCUUUGCAGCGUGGCUGAUGCUGAGCCCCAAACCCCUUCGCGAUUUUGAAUUCCCCUCCGGACGCCCCGCCCUCAGCUGGGAAGAGUCUGGACAACUUCUGGAGAGUGCGCUGUUGCAUGUUCGCACUCGCAUUUUGCUCUCUCGCGUCGGUGCCUCAGGUGGAUUCAUUAUCCUUGAGUAUCCUGCUUCGUCUCUUACAUUUCAUGAUCAGCUCAUGAUGGACUGGAUCUCCUGCGAGGCCCCUUUCUGUGCGCAGGUUACAUCCUGCAUGGUUGUCGCCUCCUUUUCCAAAUCCUGGAUGUUCAUCUGUAACGAACCCUGCAUCCUGGAUCUUGCCUCUGUCUGCACACAUCCCCGCGGCACACAUGAGUCCUUUGUUGGCAAGCGCGAUGGCUCUGGAUUUCUCAGCCACUGCACGGCUGAAUACCCUGCUGAGUUGGCUGCCUCUCUGGCAAGCGUGUGCGCUCCAUUCCUGUCCAGCCUCGGCAACUGUGUGGACUUUUCUAGGUGGCGCUCCUUCCUUCCAUCUCCAGCCUGGGAGGAGCCCUCAUGCCGAGUGGAGGACGGAGGCGGCGUCCACAGCACUGCCUCUUGGUUGCAGCCUGCCGCCGCUGACCUGCUGCACUCACUCCGCGCUCAUUGGUCUCAACGCCUCUUCGACACGGGCUUGUGUCUGCGCAUAGCGGCUCACCUUCAGUUGGCGCCUCAGGGUCCACCGCUGAUGCAGGUGGAGAGUUCUCCAUUCCUGCAGGACAUCUUUGAGGCGUUCCAGGUCAGCCCUCCCGAGCAAGCUGACUUGCUCUUCAUCGCUCCAGGCCAACCCUUGCGCUUGCGCCUGCUGAACUCCUUGCUGCUGAAGAUCCAGGAUCCCGAAGCUUCUCUUUAUGACCAGUUGGAGUCUGUUGUUUCUCUGGGAGUGGGCGCCUCGCUGGAACCCUCCCUGCAUUGGCCCAAGCGUGACUCUGAGCUCGUCCUGCCUGCUUUGCGUCCUUGUGAGGGUGCCUGGAAGUCAGCUGACAGCGAGCCUGACAUCGUGCAUUCCUUGCUCGAAGAGGAACUUCGCGAGUCAUGGAUUUCCGAGUAUGCAUCUCUUGAGGCAAUACGGAAUGAGUUUCCUCAGGAUGUGUCUUCUUGUGCACCCUCCUUUGUGCCGUCGGUCCCCUGGGUGGGAGCCUCCAUCGACGUGAAGAAUGCUCACCGUCGCAUGAAAAUGGCUCAGCACGAGAGGGCAUUGCUUGCCUUCUCCUUUCGGGGGCGCUACUUCGUCAGCAUCUGCCUCAACUUUGGCGCCCGUGCCUCGUCCUGGUACUGGGCCCGCCUGGCCGGUGCCAUACACCGGGUCACACACUACAUCAUCUUCCUAAAGCACUUUCUCUGGGUCUAUGUGGAU